AUGGGUCCAGGAGACAGCCCUUACUCCGGCGGCGUCUUCUUCCUUGCAAUACACUUCCCCACCGACUAUCCUUUCAAACCACCCAAAGUCAAUUUCACUACUAGAAUCUACCAUCCCAACAUCAACUCAAAUGGCAGUAUAUGCCUCGAUAUUCUGCGUGAUCAGUGGAGUCCAGCAUUAACGAUUUCGAAAGUCCUCCUCUCCAUUUGCUCUAUGCUCACAGACCCCAAUCCCGACGAUCCUUUGGUACCAGAAAUCGCACACGUUUACAAGACAGACCGCUCGAGAUACGAAUCUACAGCAAGGGAGUGGACGAGGAAAUACGCCAUUUAG